UGUUCGCUACAACAACACCAAAAGGAAGUGUUUUAGAAAAUAGUUCUUUGAGAAACGUUUAAAGAAUAACAUGUUGUUUGCUGCAUAUUUUGAAUGAACUAAAAGUCCAGAGAUAUAUAAAAGGUCAAACUGUGCAAAAAAAAAAAAAAAAAAAAGAUAAAAAAACACCGUUCGGGUUUCUGGCGCCAAAUAACGCGUUGUACAGGCGGGAGAGUUUAAUGACAAACUAUCCGAUGUCACAUACACAAUAAGUUACAUUGUUAGCUUAAAAAGCUAAUUAGCAAAGUAGCAGUGUUUAUUUACCCCAUGAAGUGGAAGUGACCGCCGUCUGAGAGGAGGACGGACGGAUGCCGACAGGAAAAAAUGGAGUCCUGCUCGGCGAACGUGUGGCCCCGUCUGGAGCCUUUCCUCCUGGGUGCUCUUCAGGCUGCACCACCAGCAAAGCUGAGCAUGCACUACCUGCGAAAGAUGGCCUGCUACGUGCGCACACGUGAUGGCUGUUUCCCACGUCUGGGCUGGCACAUGUGGAAGCACAUUGCCUGUGGCAAGCUGCAGUUGCCUGAUGAGCUGGCCUGGCUCUACUUUGAGACCUUUGACCUUCUGGUGCCUCGCUCUGCUGAGGAAAAGCUUGAGUGGGCAGAGGCUCUGUCUCAGAGCCUGAACCCUCGUGAUCUGGACCGUCAGCGCAGCAAGCUGUCUGUGGACACAUUGCAGUUCCUGCUGUUUCUCUACCUGCAGCAGCUGAACCGGGUCUCUUUGCGCACCUCUCUAAUCGGUGAAGAGUGGCCGAGUCCUCGGUCUCGCUCUCCGUCAUCCUCUUCUGAUAGGGACGCCAAGAUCAGCUCCCAAAAUAAGAAUUGGGAUGACCAUGCACAGCUCACCUUUGUGCAGACUCACCUGGCUGAACUGCUGGAGCUGCUGUCAGAUCCAGGUGAGCUAAGCAGUUCACAGCAGGUCCUGCGAGAUGGUACACUUUCUUCCGAGGCCCUGCAGGCACUCAGUGUGCUGCUAGAGGGCACUGUGAGCCGGGGCCGCACCAUUCACCCCCUCUAUCGGCUACUCAGCCGUGCCCCGCUUCAGUCCGUGGCUGGAUACUCAAAAGUCAGCCGUUCCUACUCGCUGCAGAAGUUGCAGAGCUGGCUGCACCAGGCACUCACACUGAACCCAUUUGGCAUGUCCACCUGUCUGCGCUCGGGCAAGAAGCUGGCCUGGGCUCUACAAGUGGAAGGUGCUAUGAAGCGGGCCAAGAUAGCAAGGAACACGCACAUGGCCCCUCCAGGCAGCAGGGUGGUGCUGAUGUCCCAGGUAUACAAACAGACUCUGGCUAAAGACUCUGAGAAGCUGGCUGGUGCAAAUGUCAAACUGCACCGUUGCAGCGAGGCUUUUAUCUACUUACUUUCACCCCUUAGGUCAGUGACGCUUGAUAAAUGUCGCGACAGCACUGUGGUAUUGGGCCCAGUGGAGACCACAGUUCACAUGCAAAGCUGCGAGAAUGUGCGGCUGGUUUGUGUGGCUGGACGCUUGGCAGUUGGCGGCUCCAUCCACUGCACCAUUCAUGCGCUCACUCCCACUAGGCCACUUUUACUGCCUGGCAACUCCAGCCUCACACUCGGGCCUUUUCACACACACUACCCCAGCUUGGAGGAUCACAUGGCCAGUGUGGGUUUGGCGGUUGUACCCAACCUCUGGGAUCAGCCACUGAUUUAUGCGCCAGAUAGUCCAUCACCAGACCUGGUCUGCUACCGCAUCCUACCCCCUGCACAGCUCUGCCCUAUGAUGGUACCAUUCCUCAUGGAGGGUGACACCUGCGAGGUGCCAGGAGGACUGCCGUCAGUCUACCAGCAGGCCCUAGAGGAGCGUCAGCAAAGGGUGCACGACUGGCAGAAGACGGUGAAGGACACACACCUUAACAAGGAGCAGCGGCAGAAGUUCCAGGCUCUGGUAGAGCAGAAAUUUCAUGAAUGGCUCCUGGAGACGGGACAGAGACAGGAACUGGACAGCCUUCUGCCUCCAACCAUCACGCCUUCAAACUCUACUCACAGCUCGGAACAUUCUCUACAGCAUCCAAAAACAAACACGCUCACAGUUUCCUGAGCACUCGCACGCCGUAAUAGACAACUAUGCACUUAUUUUUAUUUGUUGUGGUUUACACUUGCUUAGCAUUUCUCAAGGCUGAAGCAGAUACGCUUUUCUAUGAACACUGAUCUGUUUGAAUCCCACAGCUGAUCCAAAUUUGGCAGUUUGUUUUGCAGACUCAGGACAAAAAAGUAUGAUUUUGAAGUAAGAUGCUGAACGUCAGAAGUAUGACUUGUACUGCUGUAGAGAAUUAUAUGCUGGAUACGUGUUCAGAAUAAGCUUAAGUGUUAUUUAAUAGUCCCUUAAACCUCAAGAGACAUUUCUUAUUAUUUUUUUCUCCGUUACAUGCAAGUUUUACAGUCCGGGUACUUGUGUUUCCAUCACUUUUAAGAGGAUGACUGGCUUUCUACUGUCGAAUUAAUAAAUAAGGAUUAUAAUUAUAGUGCAGAAUAGAGUCCUGCAUAAUUGUGUACAGUUUGAAAGUGUAUUCUUAAUUCCCCCAGAAGUCGUCUUUGGUUUACAGUUUGACAUAAACGUGCUAAAGGAAAUGCACACCGUGUGCCGGUAGACAUUCAUUUUCCUAAAAUAAGAGCACUGAUCUAAGAAUAAUAUCUAGAUAUCCAUUAGUACCAUGUUCUCUACUUGGCAGCCAGUAUAACUGUGAAUGUAUGUUUUCCUGCUGUAGCCUAGUUGCACUUCCAGCUUCACAGUUUUCCCAGGAACUGCCACAUAUUGUGUGUGUGUUUCACUUCUGGAGAUCUUCAGCACUGUAUCAUUUUUAGCAUUCAGCUGCUUUCACAGCCCAAACACAAAGCACUAAAAUGUAUGUGUUCAGAACUCCACAACACAAAUAUGGGAAGCUCUGAACUAGAUUUAUUGUUGCAUUUAAUUUAUACGAUGUGUCUGUUUGACAAGCAAUAAUAGAUCAUUCAUUUUUUCUACUUCUGUAUGCACUCACUGUUGUCCGGCUCAGUUCGUGUUUCUUUUUUCCGUUAUGAAUAAAGUGUAUGAACAAAUCCAUAGGAUCUGUUUAAAAGAAAAGCUGUGUGUUAUGCAUAGUUUGGUAUUAUGUUCAGAUUAAGGGAAAAGAUUUUUUCUGA